AUGGCCGCUAUUUUGGAUUGCCCACUCUUCCGUUACGGGUCCUCCGGUCGUAUUCACCGCGCAGAAACGGAUUCUCGGUUCUUGGUCGCGCUUCUCAGCCCGCAUUUAAAUUGGUUUCUCCCUUCAGAUAUAACACCGUCGAUGCUCAGUACAAAGAAGAUUGCGAAAGACUGCGCGGGGAACGUGAAACGAAGAGCAAGAUUUGCCGGGCGUCGUACCGAUAUCUUCGGUGUUGGUGCUGCUGGAGCAGAACCAACGGUAAUCGGAAGAAAUUUGGGAGAGGAAGCUCCGCAACCUAAAAAGAAACUUAUUGGGGUGGAUCUAAAGAGACUCGUGAAGCACAUACUCUUGCCGUACAAAGCCAAGUCACGAUUGGUGUGCAUAUGACAUCUCGUUUACCACGCUUGUGGCAACCAGCCAAACCGCAACGAUAUGUAUUUUCUGGAUUUCGGAUUGCCGUCGCUUCAAACUCAUGCGUGGGACGAACGAAAUUGCCGCCGAAAAACUAUGUAAAAUUCGAAGUGGAUCCUCGCAUGUCAAAACGAGACAUUCGCGAUUACCUCGUCAAAAUUUACAAUUUACCAGUGAGGGAUGUGCGAACUGAAAAUAAAACGGAAGAUACUUCGUGGAGUACACCCGCUGAUUCUCACCAUAAGAUAGCAAUGUGGAGGGAUGUUAACAAGAAG